GAAAUCUGGAAAUAGGAUUCGCUGACGCGCAGGGAAAAAGCCUCAUUUUGUGGCUGGCUCCUCGUCCGUCUUUGGCGAUCCGAAGAGGAAUCAGGGGCGAAGCAAAUCGAAGGAAAGUAAUCGGCGACGAUGAUUAGCGUCCUCGCUCAGGAGCGUAUUCUAGGCGCAACAUUGGGAAGCGUGCUGGUCGGAGGAAUUGUUUUCAACCAGCGCAGGGGGAUUCACAGCACUAUCUCCGAACAAAAACCCGUUCACAUCUCUCGAUACCAGCCAAAAGAAACUCUUUUUGGGAAAAACUUCAGUUCAAAUUUUGCAAAUGUAUGGAACAAAACAGUUGAUGGAACACUGGGGAAUCUGGUUGCAUAUCUGAGUUCGCGCAGGUGGUAGGUAAUUCGUUACUUUUACCAAAGUACCCGAGCAGAAGAGCCAUCUAUCAGUAUAUGCUCUAGACAAAUUAUUAUCUUUCUUUUCUUGGUAUGGUAUUGUGACCACACUGAAAAAUUCAUCAAACAACAUGUCAAUUUGAAUUAUGAGUAACUUUUUCA